AUGGACGAGUCGUCGCUGCUGGACCUGCUGGAGUGCUCCGUGUGCCUGGAGCGGCUGGACACCACGGCCAAGGUGCUGCCGUGCCAGCACACCUUCUGCCGCCGCUGCCUGGAGAGCAUCGUCAGCUCCCGCCACGAGCUGCGCUGCCCCGAGUGCCGCAUCCUGGUGGGCUGCGGCGUGGACGAGCUGCCCGCCAACAUCCUCCUCGUCCGCCUCCUGGACGGCAUCCGACAGCGGCCCCGCGCCGCCGGGGGCGCCAGCGGCAGCCCCAGCGCCGCGGCCCCCGCGUACCCCCAGCCCGCCGCCGCCCCCAGCGCCGUCGCCGCCGCCGCCGCCUCGGCCGCCGCCAGCCUGAGGGAGCUGGCGGCCGCCAGCCGCAGCGCCCUGCUGGGAAAGAGUGUUUCUCAGCUUCCCUAUGGCAAAGCCCUCUACACGUAUGAGGGAAAAGAGCCCGGUGACCUCAAGUUUAACAAGGGGGACAUCAUCAUACUGCGGCGGAAGGUGGACGAGAACUGGUACCACGGGGAGCUCAACGGGAACCAUGGCUUCUUCCCCGCCAGCUACAUCCAGUGUAUCAAGCCCCUCCCGCAAGCUCCACCUCAGGGCAAAGCACUUUACGACUUUGAAAUAAAGGAUAAAGAUCAAGACAAGGAUUGCCUGACCUUCACCAAGGAUGAAAUUUUGACGGUCAUCAGGAGGGUAGAUGACAACUGGGCAGAAGGAAUGCUGGGUGACAAGAUUGGCAUUUUCCCUAUCCUCUAUGUUGAGCUGAAUGAAUCCGCCAAGCAGCUCAUCGAGAUGGACAAGACAUGCUCAGCUGCUGCCUCCGGCUGCGACAUGCCGCUGCCGACGGAGACAACGGCAGUGGCAGCAGCGGUGGGUCUGGCGCCCUGCUCCACGCUGGCCGGCGCCGGGGCGGCCGGGGCGGCCCAGCGGCAGGCGGAGGGCAAGAAGAAUGCCAAGAAGCGCCACUCCUUCACCGCCCUCAGCAUGACGCACAAGUCCUCCCAGGCCACCAGCAACCGGCACUCCAUGGAGAUCAGUGCCCCUGUCCUUAUCAGCUCCAGCGACCCACGGGCAGCCGCCAGGAUCGGGGACCUGACCCACCUCUCCUCCAGUGCUCCAGCCCAGGAUUCCUCUUCGAUUGGAACAGCCACGGUGGCUGGUCCCAGGACAAGUGCAAUAAUUGGAGAUCAGGGAACACCACCGAAAGUCCAGCUCCCCCUCAAUAUCUACCUAGCCCUGUAUGCCUACAAGCCUCAGAAGAAUGACGAGCUGGAGCUCCGCAAAGGUGAAAUGUACCGCGUCAUUGAGAAGUGCCAGGAUGGCUGGUUCAAGGGGACGUCUCUGAGGAGUGGGAUGUCUGGCGUCUUCCCAGGCAACUACGUGACGCCUGUUUCAAGGGUGCCAGUGGGAGCCGGGCAGCCCAGGAAUAGUGGAGCCGGGGGAGCUCUGGCAACAAAAGGAGCCCCAGGAGCCAUCCACCCCAUUGGGGCCGGUCAUACCAACGCCGCCACGGCUGUCAGACCGGUUGUUCCUAUCACUGCACCUCAGACGCAUCCCCAGCUACAAGCAGCCUCUCCGCAGUUGAAUAACUGCUUGAGGUAUUCAGCUCAGCAGCCAGCCAGCCAGACCCGCAACGCCAUGCAGAUGGCUCACCCCCCAGUGCCGACCCCGGAGCGGCCCACCGCCACGGUCUCGCCCCUGCGGACGCCCAGCUCGCCCUCCCGCCUGCCAGCGGCAGCCAUCCGGCCUCACCCCGCUAUCUCCCCGCAGCACGGCCACCAGCCGCCCGCCCCGGGGGCCCGGCCCCUCAUCCCCCUCACCUCCGCUGCCGCCGCCAUCACCCCACCCAAUGUCAGCGCGGCCCACCUCAACGGCGAGGCAGGCGGCGGGCCCCUGGGUGGCCCUGUCACCCCUGGCCCCGCCGGCAAGGCUGAGGAGAGGAAGAAUGAGAAGAAGGAGAAGAAGAGUGGGCUGCUGAAACUUCUAGCAGGAGCAUCAACAAAAAAGAAGUCACGCUCCCCACCAUCCGUGUCCCCCACUCACGACCCCCAAGCAGCCAUCGAAGGAGUCCUGCAAGGAGCAGUGGGACCCGAGCUCUGCUCCCUCUCCAGCCACGGCAGGGCCGGCUCAUGCCCUAUUGAGAGUGAAAUGCAGGGAGCCAUGGGGCUGGAACCUCUGCACAGGAAAACAGGCUCCUUGGAUUUGAAUUUUUCCAUCCCUUCUCCCUCCAGGCAGCCCCUCUCUUCCAUGGCAGCUAUUCGGCCAGAGCCCAAGCCUUUGCCCCGGGAGAGGUACCGCGUUGUGGUCCCGUACCCGCCACAGAGCGAGGCCGAGAUCGAAUUGAAGGAAGGUGACAUUGUGUUUGUGCACAAGAAACGGGAGGAUGGCUGGUACAAAGGGACGUUGCAGAGGAACGGCAGGACGGGCCUUUUCCCCGGGAGCUUUGUCGAGAGCUUCUGAGGACGGCUCACCGCUCUCUCAACUGGAGGAGCUUUCAGGGGAAACUGCAUAGCACAAGAAGAGACAGCAAAGGGAAACUGGACUGAUAACCACUGCCAUUUUUAUUUCCAAAGACUCCCCCCAGGCCCUUCAGUCUACAGCUCUGGAGAUGCAGUGCCCCACUGUGCUCCUGAGACUGUGUGUGGUACAUACAGUGGUAUGUUGAAGUAGUGCCUUCCACCUGGAAUCACAGACUGAAAGGAUGCUCAUCUGGACUGUACGUAACCUAAACUCUGGCUGUUAACCCUUUGUGUAAAUUAUAGAGAAGAUAUCUUUAAAAAAAUUAAGAGGAAAGUUGUUAUAUUGCUGUAACUUAUUUGUCAGAGCUGCAGUGUUCUUAUUACUGGCCUAUGCAAGAUGGAUUUGAGAGUUCAAGGAGGUGUGCUAGGAAGCUCUUAAACUGGGAUUUCAUUUUUCCCAAGGGAAAAAGAGGGAGGGGAGGGUGGAGAAAACCCCAGCUAAAGAUUGGUGCAUCGUUGUGCAAGAAAGAAUGAGGAGUCCAAAACGUUAAUGUCAUGCUUUCUAUAUACCUCAAAGAUAUGCUGCGCAAGUUUGUCAGUGAGUGUGUUAGUGCUC